AUGGCGCCGCGUCUCUGGUCCUGCUUCCGCAAGAAGCACUUAGCGGGAUGUAGGAACCCCGACAGUGACCGCCAGGUGGGGGAGGAGGUAUUGGUGGCGGAGGGGGAGGGGCCGGUGCUGGUGGAGAUGUUCACGUCGCAGGGGUGCGCGGCGUCUCCGUCGGCGGACCUGGUGCUGUCGCGGCUGGGGAGGGGCGACUUCCAGCUGGCGGUGCCGGUGGUGCUGCUGGCCUUCCACGUGGACUACUGGGACUACGUCGGGUGGAAGGACCCCUUUGGGUCGAGCCAGUGGACCGUUAGGCAGAAGGCCUAUGUUGAGGCCCUUGGGCUUGACACGUUGUUCACUCCACAGGUUGUGGUCCAGGGCCAGGCCCAUCUCUCUGGAAAUGACGAUAUCGCCCUCGUCUCUGCCAUCACCUCUGCGCCUAGGUUCCCUGCUCUCACCUUCCAGGCAACUUUCAGUAGGCCUACAUCAAUUUGUUUGGAAGUCACCCUAAAUGGGGCAUUGGGGAUGAAGGUGGACAAUCUUGGAGCAGAUGUCAUGGUGGCAUUAUACGAAAAUGGUUUGGUAACUGACUGUCCAAGAGGGGAAAACAAAGGGCGUCUUCUAUCCAAUGACUAUGUUGUUAGAAAACUUGAAAAGCUCUGCACUGUGACAGACCACCCUGCUAAGAAGAUAAUAUCAGGAACUGUUAGUUUUUCCUUGUGGGAUUCAUUCAACAGCACCAGGUGUGGCCUGGCAGUCUUUGUUCAAAGCAGCUCUCACCAAAUUUUUGGCUCUCAGAAUUUUCACCUGCCACAUGAUAUAUGA